UACGAUUUGCAUAUAAAUAUUGUAACUCGUUGAUCAUAAGGGUUAGGUCAUCCUGAGUUCUUGACGAUAUCACAUUAAAAAAUUUCUUUUAUUCGCCGGCAUGAGAGCAGGAGGCGUAGCGCCGUCGCCGCAGGGUGGUGAGGCUGAGGCCCACCUCUCCUCCCUCUCCUUCGAGGAGCACAGGGAGCAAACCACUGAGUCUGCCUCGCUACUUGGCGUCGUUGGCAUGAAGCGAGAGAGCCCCGACUGGAGAGCAGUGGUCGUCACCAGCAAUGGAGACCAAGGAGCAAGGAAGUGGGAGGUGUCCCUGACAAGAGGUAGUGGUGAAGGUCGGCUUGGUUCGAAGAACAAGGGGUGAGAGGGCGGCGAAGGUUUUGGGCAUUUAGCUGCCUGUUUCUAAUUAUAGUUUCGCAAUUUUCCCCCAAGGCGACCAAAUCAUAUUUUCUAUUUACAUUUUUUUAAUGGGCUGGCGGAAUGGUGAAAAUUUGAAUAUCAGUCAGAUGCUCGAGCGGUUUAGACUCAAACAUUUUCGAUCGCACGCCAACAUGUCGUUUUUGUGUGUGGCUUUUCCACUGAUUCGAGCCGGACUGACAGUUUGGUCCCAGUUUUACCAAUGGAUCUAUCGGUCCGAACGAACAACUCGAGUCAGUGUUCAAAACAUCUAUUGCUUUCCAUGUGAGGAUGAGAGUGUAGUGAUAUGGGUUAUAUGAUUUGAAAAGUUUGGCAUGGUUGAAUUAUUCAACGUAUUUUAAAUAUUUUACAAGCUAGUGAGAUGGGGUCUUUAUGUUUAUUUACCAUCUGAAUUCUUGGAAUUAGAUGGGAAGAAUGAUCUUCGAUUUUAAUACAUUCUCGAAAUAAAAGAUAAAUGGGUUUUAGCUAAGAUAGUGUUAUAGUGUGAGGCAACCCAUUUUUCACUUGAAUGCAAUUCAUCUAAGACUUCUCGAUGUAAUCGAGUAAGGGUCGUUUGGAGAAUAUGAAUUUAAAUCUAUAGAUUAUCAAUAAUUUAAAGAUUCUAAAUCUUCGGAUUGUUGAAAAUAGAUUUUAAAAUGUUUAUUGUUUGGUAACUGUGAUUGUUAACAUUCAAUGAAAAUAUAAAUUUUAAUUUUUAAUCAAAUAACAUGUUUAUCCUUAAUAAAAUAUAGAGUGGUUCGAGAAAUAUUAAAAACUUUGUUGAUAAAUAUAUAAAAGAAAGAGAAAAGGUAGGAGAGAAAAAAUCUCACAAAUCAAGAUAUAGAAUCUCUCUGAUUAUGAGAGAUUUGAAAUCCGUAGAUUUUAGAGAUUUGAAAUCUUUAAAACUAAAAUCCACAAUACAAAAAGCAACAAAAAAAAAACAUAACUUUCUACAAAGUCUACGGAUUCAAUGAAUCCACGCCCUAAAUCUCGUUGUCCAAACAACCCCUAAGUCAAAUGAUAUAUUGCUAGAUUUUAAGUUACUAAUGACUCGCUCCUAACGAUUCACAUUGAUCAUAAGCAAUUGGGGUUGACGAGUUUCAUGACUGGGAUAUGUCUUUGGUCGGGGACAAAUAAACAUUUAAGUGUGGGGAUUUGAAAACACUUUAAGUAUACACUUGUGACCCCACAUUACUUAGGUUUUUGUAUGCCAAAAUUAUAAUACUUAGGCUGCAUUUUGAUAAAAUUUAUGCUAAAGAGUCGAUGGUUAGAAAAAUGAAAGUUUUAGCACCAGUUAGUUCACUUUGGGCAUUAUUCGUUAGGAACCACUUGUUGUCAUGUUUUAUAAUUGUGUAGUGUUUCGAUGAUGCUUAAGGUCUUACAUCAUGAUGCGAUUGAGGAUCAAUUUACAUUUCAUUUGAGCACUGUUGGGGAUCAAUUUACAAUACAAAAUAUCAAACAGAAACGAUAAUGAACACACAGAUUUACGUGGUUUCCCCGUUCAAUGUGAACGAGACUAUUCCACGACCGAAACUAUACGAUUCUUUUAUUCAGCUUAACUUCAGCAUACAGGUUACAUACGUAUAUAUAUGAGCUAGGGUCCUCAAACCCUAGCUAGACUAUCGGCUAAUCCCAAAUCCGAUACAUAAGUUAAGGGGGAAUGGGUCGAGCCCACAUAUACAUUAACAGCCUCCCCCAAAUUGACGAGGAUCUCUCAUCAUCAAUUUGCGAGAAAGAUAGAAGCGGCGCGCAGCAGUGAACGACUUGGUUAAGAGAUUGGCUAUCUGGUUCUCCGAGGAAACAUAGAAC